AUGGGGGGAAAAUGGACAUACUGUGCUGUCUAUUCCAUCAUCCAGAUACAUUUUGUCAGGGGAGUAUUGGAAGAAACGUUCAAUGCAGAAGAAGACAUUUAUGCAUUACCUGGUUCUGAUGUCAACCUGACCUGCCAAACACAGAAGAAAGGCUUCUUGGUGCAGAUGCAGUGGUCCAAGGUCACUGAUAAGUUGGACCUGAUUGCCCUUUAUCAUCCCCAACAUGGCUUUUACUGUGCCAAUGGGCGCCCCUGUGAGUUGCUGGUGGCUUUCAGAGAAGCUCCCAGGAAUGUGUCAAAGUGGACUCUGCACUUAAGGAACAUGUCCUCCUUGCUCACGGGGAAGUAUGAGUGUAGUUUCACUCUGUACCCAGAGGGCAUUCAGACGAAAAUCUACAACCUACAGAUUCAGACAAAUGUUACACAGGAUGAAUGGAGAAGCAACCAUACAAUAGAAAUAGAGAUAAAUCAGACUCUGGAAAUACCGUGCUUUCAAAAUAUCUCCUUAGAAAUUUCAUCUGAGCUCACCUUCGCAUGGUUGGUGGAGGAUAACGGAACUCAGGAAACACUUCUCACCCAAUAUCACCCCAUCAGCAAUUCCACGUGAUCUAAAGACAGAGUCAAGCCAGGUACAGACUACAGCCUCUACCUCUCUCCAGUCCAAAUCCAGGGUGAUGGCCGGAAGUUCCCUUGCUAGGCUGUAGUCAGGUCUGGCAAAAUCUUCAGGCGCUCCACCACGGUCAGGGUUUUUGCUAAGGCUAAGCCAGAAAUCUCCACAACUGUGGAAAAUAAUUUCACGUUAAAGUUUUUGAAAAUCUACAGCAUAAUUAUGCCAGAUCCUGGCCCAGUCACCCUCAAUGCCUGUGGGGAGCUGCGGCCCUUGAAGCCUGGGGUCCUGGUGCUGCCCGGCCUGACCAUGGCCACCCUUCUCCAGCUCCUCUUUGUGCAUGCUUUUCAGAUGCUUCCACAGGGCUGUGGUGCCCAAGUUAACCCCAGGGCCACGGCCCACCUGCCAGCCACACAGGCGGCAGGUGGUGUAUGGAGAAUAUUUACCUGCUCACUGAGGAAUGUAUUUCCCACAGCAAAUCUUACAUGGUUUAUAGAGAGAAGCUUCCCUCAAGGUGAAAGAGAAGGUAAGGAAAUCAGUCAAUGGAAAAAUACACAUACUAAUGAAAAGAGAAAAGACAAAGGAUUUUGGGAACUGAAGUCUGUUUUGACAAGUGUGUAUGAUAAUAAACCAGCCCAAUCAAACAACCUGACCAUCUGGUGUAUGGCUGUGUCUCCAGUCCCUCGAAACAAAGUGUGGGAUAGCUCAUCCGAAAAGAUCACGUUUUCCUUGGGUGACUCAGUGAACCCUCCAACAGACUCUCUGCUUGAUGCUACAGCAUCUACCCGUGGCAUCCAGCCUUCUCCAGCCAACAGCAUAUCUCCUACAGGUUAUCCAGCUCCAUCUUCAACAGCCCUUGUAGAUGUGACUACAUCGACUCCAAACGUCACCCCUCCAAGUACUCCAACCAGCAAUUACGACCUGACUACCUGAGGCUUCAGCUACUCCUGGACCUCCAGUGGGAAAGACGCCAAAUACUCAGCUUCAUGGAUGCCCAGUGAGAUGUACAGUUCAUCCCCCUCAAGGGCAGGUUCGACACUUCAUGGUGACACCUUCACCAGCACAGCCAGAGCAUUUUCAGAAGUUCCCACAACUGCCAAUGGAUCUACUAAAAAUAAUCAUAUCCAUAUCACUGGUAUUGUGGUUAAUCAGCCCAAAGAUGGAAUGUCCUGGCCAGUGACUGUGGCAGCUUUGCUCUUUUCCUGCCUUGUACUGUUUGGUCUUGGAGUGAGAAAAUUGUGUCAAUACCAAAAAGAAAUCAUGGAACGACCUCCGCCUUUCAAGCCGCCACCUCCCAUCAAGUACACCUACAUUCAAGAGUCCAUUGGAGUUGAUCUGCCUUGUCAUGAGCUGGAGACACUCUCGUCCUCUGAGACUUUGCCACACAAGCAAAACUCUGCUAGAAUCCUAUCGAAAAGAUAG